UAUAUACUUUUGUUACAUUGAUCAUACGAACACGUUGCACGAGUUGUUUAUAAUUAAAACUAUUUCGUUGCGUGGUUUAAGGUGUUAAGAUAUUGUGUCGAUAAAGGAUUGAAAUUUAACUUAAAAUUUAAAUUGAAUUGCCAAUAACUUCAAUGGCAGUUUCAAUUCGCGUUAAUCCUGAUAAAUUAUAAUCUUGAACAUAAACGAAUUCUGAACAUUACAAGCGGUUUUGUUGAAUUGUACUUAAGCACAAGCCAAGGCAGAAAAGUAUUUUUGUUUUAGUGGAUGUAGACCUAAGAACUAUGAUAUUUCAGAACGUUCUAGCUUCAACGUCAGCACUUGUCGUUGCACUCAUUCAUUUAGGAUAUAUGGAUGUGGUGGGUUUUUCUGAAGUGCGCCUCAUACGUGGCAAUGACUUCCUUGGUAUGGUCCAAAUACAUGAAAACGGAACGUGGCAUAACCUUUGUGCGGAUGGGUUUGGUAGAAACGAUGCAAAAGUUGUGUGCACGCAACUUGGGUUCAAGAUAGGAAUCGCUUUGAACAUGAGUUCUGGAAGACAUUUGAAUCUAGUUCGUCCGAAAAUUGCUUGUAAGGGCAAUGAGAGCUCGAUAAUGAAAUGCAGAUAUGACAAAGGAGGACGUUGCAAGGAGAGACGGAAAAAUGCCGGAGUUAUAUGCUACAACCAAAUCAAGCCUACUGUACGAAUGAACGGUACAUCAAAUUCCGGUGUGGUUGAGAUUCAAGUGGACAACCAUAAUUUCACAAUAUGUGAACGUCAGCGGGAUAUACAGUGGGGGCAUGGUCCAUCUGGCACAAUCUGCAGACAACUAGGCUUCAACGAUGGGAAAGACAGGAUAUAUCCAAAUGGUGGCCGGACUAUGCUAGCUGUAAGCCUCUCGUGUGAUAACAACCACAAAUCCAUUUUCUCGUGCUCCUGGUCUUUUAAAGACAAUUCCGAAUGUCUACAAGAGAAUAGUACUGCUGGUGUGGUGUGCUACAGUAAUGUGCGUAUUUCUGGUGGUUGGGAGAACGACACAAUGAUUGCUGGUGUCGUUGAAAUGUAUCAUCCCGGCUAUGUUGCCGAUACAAAUUGGUUCACCAUGGGUCAUACCGGUUUCGACGAAAGAGAGGCGCUGGUUGUGUGUCGAGAACUGGGAUUUCCUUACAGCAAACUUCUACCGUUAGGAUUAUUUGGAAUAAAGAGCAUUCCCAUUUUCCACCAAUUUAAUUGUAGUGGAAAUGAAACUAACUUUAUUGACUGUGACUACGUAAAGGCAAACCUGAGAGACUUCCACACCGAGUAUUCCUGCGUAAGUGCACAUGGAGCAUGUUUGGGAGGAUCAUUCAAGACCUACGAAUACUCUUCUGUUGUUUGCUCCGAAUACCCUAUAGGAAACACAGGAAUUAAGGUCCUUUCCAUUGAUCAGUCACCUUCAAUAGUGUAUGUGGAGAAAGACGGAAUAAAGGGGGUCAUCCACCCUGAAUAUUGGGACGAUGAUGACGCCAAGGUCAUGUGUCAACAGCAAGGUUAUAAAACAGGAGUCGCCCUCGGGCCCCGGAAUGCAGAUCCCAGAUACCCAUAUUGGAUGUCAAAAGUGCAAUGUCAUGGAACAGAAGGGCACAUCGAAAAUUGCAAAUUUGAUGAAAAACCUCCUCUGUGGAAAGACAACUCAUUUAGGGGAUCUCGCAGCGUCGCACAAGUCCAUUGUACAAAUGGAACAGGUGUCGAGAUAAAACUUGAGUCAGGGACAUCGCCAAAUUCGGGAAUGGUAAAGGUUUCUGUUAGCGGUGAAUGGGGCGUUAUCUGCGAUAUGAACUGGACUAAUAUGGACGCCAGGGUAGCCUGUCGGCACUUGGGUUUUAAAGACGGUUAUGCUGGUACCAAGGUUAUCAAAUCAAUAGGAACAGGGCGUUUAUGGUUGUACAACAUUGAUUGUACUGGGGUAGAGCAGUCUAUAUUCUCCUGCCCGGCACAUUUCAAUGUUACGAACCAACAGUACAAUGCUUACUGCAUGCCGUACGUUUUCUGUUCAAAAAAAGUUCGUCUCCAACCAAAUGUGACAUUUGGCGCAGUUCAAGUAUGGGACAGGGAUAACUAUCACCUUGUGUGUGCGGAAGGUUUUGAUGAUCUUGCUGCACAAGCAGUGUGCCGAUCUCUUGGGUUCGCCUACGGGACAAGCAUAUGCUGCUCCGCUUUCGGAAGGAUGGAAUACAGCAUUAUUUAUAGCAAUGUGAAAUGUACUGGUAUCGAGUCAGAUUUACUCGAAUGUGAUUAUGUUAAAUACAUUCCAAACUGUACAAGUGGACAUUACGCCUCUGUAGCGUGCUCAAAUAAUCCUAAAAAUGAAGAUUAUGAAUUAAAGAUACAUCCGUCUGGAAAAGUAACCACUAGACAUUUUGAUAAUUCGGGCUUUAUCUGCGCUAAUGGUUUUGACGAUAAAGAAGCGACAGUUAUUUGCAAGGAGAUGGAAUAUAAAGGUGGAUCUGCGUACUUCCAUUCGAGGCAUACGAGAUAUUCAACAGUCCCACUUCUAGGAGUUCCAUGGUUAGCAAAUAUUGGUUGCAAGGGAACCGAAAAGAAUCUAGGAAAAUGUGGAAAAAUCUAUUGGGGCUCAGUUGGUUCUUGCGAUAAUAACAGAAUACCUGCAGUUUACUGUUACAACAAAUCGGGUUUUGCUUUCGCGCUAGUAAAUGGAACAGAUAAAGGGAAUGGGCUUGUUGAGUUCACCCUAGAUGAUAAAAAAGGCGCAAUAUGCCUUCGCCAUAGCCGUAUACAAGAACGACAAAAGAUUGCAGCGAUACUAUGUAAACAACUUGGAUAUGGAGAUGGCAGCCUGCUUUUGAAUGGUACUGAUGUUGAUAAUGAAGUCGCUUUAAUGCAACAAUUUCCUGGAAAGUUGGAAAUGUUUAUAACCAAUGUAAAGUGUAACGGAAAUGAGAGCAGCCUAGCGGAGUGCACGUUUAGGAUUUUAGAAGACUGGUCAUCGUUCACUGAGGACUGGAUACGGAUAACUACUAAUGACUGUACCGACGCGGGUUGUAUGAGAGCACGUAUGUACUACCGAGUGCAUGCGAUGGAACAAGAACUCUCAUGUUGGGGAGGAAAACGACGUCUCGCUGUCAGAUGCUUCAUUUAAUUCCAUGUUUUGUGCUUUUUAAAAAUUCGACAGAAUAGCACUCGUUUGAUUAUUUUUCUAGUAUUUUUCAGAAUACUCUCCAUGCCUGGAACUCCUAGGACCAUGUGUCAUUAAAAUACGAUUGUGCACUAGAAUAAAAAAAUGCAAAAAACUAAACAUGUUAAGAGUUUGCAAUCAACAGGAAUAAAAGUAUAGUUUUACAUACAA